AUGGCCGCCCUCUUCACCGGGAAGGUCUUGAUGGCCAACCGGGAGGAGGACGAGGUGGAGACGGACCGGGAACUGGGCCGGGCGCUGGAGAACAAGGUGCUGCUGCUCUACUUCGGCUCCGGGCAGUGCCCGCGGUGCCGGCAGUUCUCCCCGCUCCUCAAGGACUUCUUCGUCCGCUUGACCGACCAGUUCUACGUGGAACGAGCUUCGCAACUGGUCCUGGUCUACGUGUCGCGGGACGAGACGGAGGAGCAGCAGAGCGCUUUCCUGCGGAGCAUGCCGAGACGCUGGCUGGCCGUUCCCUUCGGGGACGCCUUCCGAAGGGAGCUGGAGCUGCGGUUUGCCGUGUCCGAGGUGCCCGCGGUGGUGGUGCUGAAGCCGAACGGGGAGGUGAUCGUUGGAAACGCCGUGGAAGAGAUCCGGCGCAUGGGCCCCGCUUGCUUCCGAAACUGGCAGGAGGCUGCCGAGCUGGUGGACCGCAAUUUUCUCUUGGCAGAGGAUUUCGAUGACUGGACCAGGAGGAGCAUCACCGACCCCAUCCGCCGCCUCAAGUACAAGCUGGAGAAGAAGAAGGAGAAGAAGGAAAGGAAAGAGGAAGGUGAAGAGUCUUCCUAG